AUGAAAAAAAGAGUUAUGGCUAUUGAGAAGAUCAAUGGAUAUAUGCAAAAAUUGGAGAUGGUGAAAAAGAAAUUUGAUCCAUUACCUCAUUUUACUUUGCAUAGAGUGUUGUCUCAAAUUUCUCCACAAUUUUAUAGUAAAGAUGAGUUAACAGAGAUAGAAAAAGUCACCCAAAUUUUGUGUCAACAAACAAAUCUACCUCUUAUUUCACAAAGCAAAGUGGAAGGGGUGGAAGUCAGUAACUUAAAAAGGUGUCGCUCAAGUAACGAAGGUGAUAACAUGUUUAAUGGAGAAAGAAGAGUGAAACCAAAGCUCGUAGUUAAGAAGAAACCAAACAAUCAUAAGAAAGAGUGUAAAACAUUGUUCAGCACCGAUCUCAGCUCUUACCACAACCGUCUUUCCAUGCCAAUUUCCCAAAUUAAAUCUGAUUUUUUAACUGAAAUAGAAAAGGCAACCUUAGAAACAAGAGAUCAAGAGGGAAAACCGUCUUGUUUAAAGGUGGUUGUGUUAGAUUCUGAUUUUAAUGAAUUCUCAUUAUCUCUAAAGAAGUGGAAUAUGACCAGUUGUAUUACUUAUAAUCUUGUUCAAGAUUGGACAGAUGUUUUAUCAAAGAAUAAUUUUAAGGAUUAUCAAAAAAUCGACAUUUGGUCAUUUAGGGUUAAUGGCAAGUUAUACUUCAUCCUCGAUACUAAUGAGCCAGAAGAAAUUGAAAAAAGUGGAAAACAGAACAAUUCAAUUGUAAUUUCAAAAACGGAAGAUAAACGAAGAAGUCAAAGGAUGAAGACUGCUAACUCCAGAUGGAAGGACUUUGAGUGA